UAUACUCCAGAAAAUCAUACUCAAUAUUCACAGUUGCCGGUCAACUGCCCCCCUAAUCAUCACCGAAUACCCCUAAUAGAAUCUAGAAACUAGUUUUCCUUGCUCAAACGAGUCCCUUGAAUAACUCCAAUUUUAAAGAAACGUCAAUUUUUUGCGAUAACAACACCAACAUAAUGGCGACCAUCCAGCUGUCUUUCUCGCUACGCGUUUCUUCCGGUGUCAAGUCCGUCCACUUGCUCGGUUCAUGGGACAACUACGUCGGUCAAAUCCCCCUUUCCAAGGACAAGUCUUCUUCCAAGUCCGGAUCAUGGAAGGGAACUUUCCGAUUUCAGGGCAACCUCGAAGCCGGCCAGCGCUACUGGUACUACUACAUCAUUGACGGCUACCACGUCUCUCACAACCCCAGUGAGCCUUCAACCGUCGAGCCCACAACUGGCCGAGAACUCAACAUCCUCGAUGUCCCCAAGGACAAGUCGAGCAAAUCAUCCAAGUCUUCCUCAAGCAAGAGCUCAAAGCACUCUUCUUCAUCAUCGUCCCGUGAUAAGCACAGGUCCUCAAAGCGCGGCUCCCUUGCUCUUGAUAUCCCCAAGGGCCGCCCAUUGUCAGUUUCGCAGAUCGUAGCACCCAAGCCCAUGUCUCCCCAUGCGACCCGAAACAUCCUGGACGCCGACUACUACGAUGAUGAGCACAUUGACGAGCUGACUGCGCGCUUCGGAAGCGCUGACCUUGAGGACGAAGAAUACAUCACUGAUUUCAGCACCUCGCCCGUAUCUUCAUCUGGAUCGAGCCUCUCCUACCGAUCUGGCAGCUCUUCGCCAUCAUCAUCCCUUUCUGGCUACAGCACGCCCGCUUCAGACUGCAGCAGCUGCACAUGCGAGCGCUACGGUAUCACGCGCAAGGGUGACCGUGUCAAGAUUGACUGCGGCGGCUCCCGCUGCGGCUACAGUGACGAUGACAGCUCAUGCUCAAGCUCCGGUGACGAGGAGGAAUACGUAUCGCGCUCCUCGCGCCGCAAUGGCAUCGUUAUGCGCUCGUAAAUGAGACCCUCAUCUACGGCAGGCGAAUGGAGAGAAAUUAAUGAAACCGAGGAA